UGGGGAAACAUGACGGUCUCCGGAGUAGCUCUGCCUUGCCUGCGGGUUGGCGUCAUAAUAUAUUUUCCGUACAUGGGGUGGCAGCAAGAGAGUGAUUCUCCCAAGCUGUCCGGCGUCAUGUUAGAUGUGAACAAUAUCAUCGCCACCAAGCUCAAUAGAUGCAUUGAUUACGUGUUUCCAGAGAACCCAACCGGAGGUGUUCAGCUCCCAAAUGGAUCGUGGAUGGGAUCAGUGGGGCUGCUAACACGAGGAGAAGUUGACUUUGUUGGUGUGCCAUCAACGGUGAACGACCAGCGUCUGAAAGUUAUUGACUACACCAUGUAUGUCGACAUGGACAAACAGGUCAUGAUGCAUAAGAAGCCGCUAUUAGAAGCAAACAUCUCAGGGUUUGUGAACCCUUUUACACUUAACGUGUGGACGCUAAUCGCUUUGGGUCUUGUGUUGGUGUCUCUCGGCACGUGGCUUCUCCAAAAGGCACAAAACGAAAUUUUGCGGGAGAGCUACGCGGUGAAGGAAAGCCACUCCUCCAGCGUGUGGUGGACCGCCUGCCUCUGGACGGUGUGUGCUGCUUUGUCUCAGUCCAGUUUCUGGUCACCCAGAGGAGGUGCCCUCCGCCUGCUAACUGGCACGUGGCUGCUGAUGGCGUUCAUCUUGUCAAUCGUGUACAGAUCCAACCUUAAGGCCAUGAUCAUUAUCCCCAAGAUUCACUUCCCUUUUAACAGCUUGGAGGAAAUGCUUCACACGGAUAUCAAGUGUUUUGUGCCACUCGGAAGCAUCAUUCAUCUCUUAAUGCAGAAAGCUGCGCGGGGGUCUCAGCUGGACCGCCUCUGGAAACCUGCCGUGGUCCACCUCAACGUGACAAAAGCUAUCCACGACACUUUUGCUGGCAAGCACGCAACGAUCACAAGCAACCACAACAUUAAUUAUCUGCUGCAUAACGCUUUUGCCAGGUCAAAAACCUGCGAGGCAUACGUAGCAGAAGAGGCGUUUAUAACAGGGUUCAGCGCCAGCCUUGGACUGCCAAAGGGUUCCCCACUAAAGCAUCAACUAAACAGAAUCUUAGAGUCCUUGCACGAGUCCGGCGUGCUGAACCACCUGUACCACAGCGCCGUGCCCUACGCGUCACUGUGUCUCCAUGCAGGCUCCUUCGGGCGUCCAAACAACAACCUGCGGCCCCUCGAGCUUGGCGAUUUCUAUGGUGUUCUCUCCGUUUAUGCAGGGGGUAUGGUCAUUGCUGCGAUCCUGUUGCUAGUGGAAAUGCGGAGUCCUCCUCGUCCGGCCCACUAAAUCAGCUCACCGGACAAGACAACAAUUGACAAUUCUUCUCACUGGAAAUGGCUGAUCGAUCCAUGCACUUUGUACUCAAA